AUGGUCUCCCUACAAGUGGUGGCAGCUGUCAUAUUCUUUAGCUCCGCCUGGAAGUAUCCAAGACUCUUCAAAGUCUUUGACACUCUGGAAAGAGUCUACCAAGAUCUCCAGCACAAGACAUCAGAAAUCAAGGGCACAGUGAAGUUUUUGGGAGUCUACGCUGCUGCACUAAUGUCAGUCACCUCUUCUGAGCGCAUAGUAAGUGUGAGUUACAAUGGGGCAACGUUCGAAUAUCAAAUUUUAUUCGCAACUUUCUUCGUCACCGCGACACUGCUGUACUGCUCCCAAGCUGUCCUGCUCGUCCACUUCACACAUGUGGCUCAAAGUAUCGCAAAGUCCUUUGAAAUGGUCAACGCCAAGAUUGAGAUGGAAGUUACAAGCCCUGCCAGUAUUGACGGCUCUUAUGCAAGAUGCACUAUGCAGUCUAAAAUCAAGAAACUGAGGACUCUGAUGAACACCUACUGGAUGCUGUGUGACGCCGUACACCAGGCUAAUGUCUUCUACUGCGAUCAGCUGAUGGCCGUUACCUUCUCCUCAUUUCUCCACAUCACUGUCACCUCUCACUACUUUUUCCUGCUCCUCAAAACUAGUGAAUUGUUCAUCAUAACUAACGAAGGAGCUUGGAUCUUGCUUCACAUCUGCUACGUAAUGCUGUUGCUAAACUCGAGCACGGUCGUGACCAACAAGGCUGAUGAGACAGGACAGGCGAUCUGCAAGUUGAUCAAUAAGGACUUGGACACAAACCUUAGAAAACAGCUUGAAGGGUUUCUCCUGCAGUUGCCUCACCACAACGCAAGAUUCUCUGCUCGUGGAUAUUUCCCGCUCAACAACGAGACCCUAACAGCAAUGGCUGGAGCGGUGAUAACUUACCUGGUGAUAUUGAUCCAGUUCCAGACUGAACCAUCAUCCACCUAG